AUGAGUAACAUAUACAUCCAAGAGCCUCCUACUUUGGGAAAAGUGUUAAUGCAUACCACUGUAGGUGACAUUGAUGUGGAGCUGUGGUCCCGAGAAGCACCACGUGCCUGUCGUAAUUUCAUACAGUUAUGUUUGGAAGGAUAUUACAAUGACACCAUAUUUCAUCGCCUUGUGAAAGGCUUUAUAGUACAAGGUGGCGAUCCAACUGGUACUGGAGAAGGUGGGGAAUCAAUUUAUGGUGCUCCCUUCAAAGAUGAAUUCCAUACACGUUUACGUUUCAACCGAAGGGGCUUAUUGGCUAUGGCUAAUGCUGGUAAGGAUGAUAAUGGUUCCCAGUUUUUCUUUACUCUUGGUCCUGCACCAGAGUUGCAAAACAAACACACAAUCUUUGGAAAAGUUGCAGGUGAUACUGUGUACAAUAUGCUUAAAUUAGCAGAAGGUUUGGUGGAUCAUGAUGAAAGGCCAUUAUAUCCUUACAAGAUAAUAAGUACCGAAGUAUUGUCGAACCCCUUCCCUGAUAUUGAACUUAGAAUACCUGCCAAGUCUGCUGAGGAUGAAGCGAAAGCUAGGAAACAGAAGAAAAAAGACAAACGUGCUGCUGUCAAGGACUUCAAAUUGUUGUCAUUUGGAAGUGAGGCAGAAGAUGAUGAAGCAGAAUGUGAAGAAGUAAGCAAACGUUUAGCUGCCGGACGGUCUAGUAAGUCAGCACAUGAUGUGCUUAGUGACCCACUGUUGUCUUCAGCUCCAGCAGUGGGUACAGAUGAAGAAGCAUUGAGCGGAGAUGAAGAUGAACCUAUUGGCCCAAUCCCACCUGUUGACACAAAUAAUAUUCGCAAUAAACUGCAAAAGAAAAUUGAUAGUAAACCCUCAUCGGAAAGUCACAAAGUUAAGAAAAAUGAAGAUCAUGAUAAAGUCAGUGAGAAGGAAGAAGUACCUGAAGAUUCUAGUCCUGUUCAUGAGACUCAAGCAGAACAACUGAAGCGACUUCGUGAGGAAUAUAAAGCUUUACGUGCUCAGCUUCGCAAAGUACAAAACAAAGACAAUGAUGCAAGUUCUUCACAUGACCAGUCUGAUAGUAACAAGGACCAAAAGAAAAAAGACUCAGAAAUUGUGAACGAAUUCGAAGCCCAAAGAGAAAAAUAUCGAAAUAUGCAGAAAGAAAUACCCAAGAAGGGAGCAAGUCGUGAGGACUUCACUCUACAACUUCUAGCAAAAUUUCAAAAAAAACUGGCCUCAGCCAAGGAGUCUGUAGAAGCAGAUGAGGAGGAUCCUGAGAAGGCUGUAGAACAAAAAUUGAAAGAAGACCCAAAUGAUGAAGACUCGGGAUGGAUGACACACAAGUUGCAGUUUGAUAAAGGAGAUCCAGUUCUUGCAAAAGAUGCUAGCACUAAAGAUGAUGACUGGUUUGAAAUAUAUGAUCCAAGGAAUCCUAUUACAAAACGAAGACGUGAAGCUGGUCGAGAUCCUAAAGGUUCUCAUGAUGGAGGAAAAUUCAGAGAAAAACCUCGAGAAAGACGCUAG